AUGUACCGGCGAGCACUAGAUGAGAACACACUAGGUUCAGAUCAUGCUUCCACCCUCUUGAUCGUCAAUAACUUUGGAAACCUCUAUGCUGAUCAGAACAAACUGAAGGAGGCAGAGAAGAUGUUCCGGCGAGCACUAGAAGGCUAUGAGAACACACUGGGUCCAGAUCAUAAAUCUACUCUUAAUUCAGUCUAUUACCUUGGGAUUCUCUAUCAAAAGCAAGAUAAGCAGAAGGAGGCGGAGAAGAUGUACAGGCGAGCACUGGCAGGAUAUGAGAAAGCACUUUGUUCGAGCCACACUAAAAUUCAACGAGUUAGGAAGAGAUUAAAUACAUUGAUGAUAUCGUCAGAACGUUAUAACGUCAAUCUGGCAAAAGUCUCCACAGAAGUCACCCUUUGGGAGUUAAAGAAAUUCAUCGCUCAGCUCACUAUAAACCUCCCUCUUGUUCCCUUGACGUUAUAUCUUUAUGCCUCAGGUCAUCCAAAGAAGUUUCUUAGACUCGAUCGACAAGGGAUCCCAAGAGAUCUGGUGCGCGACGACGACCAAGAUAUCCAGGACUUUCACGAUGCAUUGGCGCCGCCGAUUAGCUAUUCUCUGAUCCGGGUGGAAAUGGACGAACGGCUGUUUGAUAUGCACCGACUGGUACAGUUAUCGGUCCGGGCGUGGCUAGAAACAUCUUCAGGGAGCCUACGAAGAGGCUUAAGCGAUGUAUUGACGGGCCUUGAAAGGACGCAAGGGAAAUAUGAGAGGCGGAAAACGAUGCAUCGACGGGCACUAGAAGCACGAGAGAGGGUGCUUGGACCGGAGCAUCCUGACACGCUCACCAGUGUUAGUAACCUUGGUUUGGUGCUCUACAGGCAAGGGAAAUACGAAGAGGCGGAAGCGAUGCAUCGACGGGCAUUAGAAGCACUCGAGAGGGUGCUUGGACAUGCGCAUCCUGAUAUGGUGGCUAGCAUUAAUGUUCCUUUGGACUCAAAUCAACGUGAGAAACACGAAGAGGCCUCUGUGAUCCAAGACUAG